CUGUACUAUUGUUGCUUAUGGACUGGAACGCAUUUAAAGGAACGUCGGACAAGAAGUAGGCCCGCCUUUAAUUGAUUUCAGUAACCAGCAGGGCCACGCUGUUUACGGCGACAGCAUCUGCCUGCACUACCAUUAUACAGACCACGCGCAAAGGAAGCGGGUGCGAGAAGCUGCAAAAGCGGAAGCGAGACGCGUCAUUUUCGCCUGCAAGGCCAGCGAACGUAGCUCAGCAGAACCAGCAUAAGCUCUUAUAGAACGAGCAAAUGGGGAUGAGUGCAGAGAUGAAGCCGGUGUUCUCCGUGGUGCUUUGGUGCUUUGGCGAUGGCUGGUAUGAGGCCUGGGUGCCUGACGUCGUUGGCGCGAUGGUCAUCGCGUCCAGCGAGGAUCAGGCGAUGGCGGAAAUUCGAGAGCAGCUGGCGGGUUGCCUGGACGGCGGCGACCUGCCGACGCUGUCAAACAGCCAUGUCGCCGGGGAGAAGGCGGACGCGCUGCUGCGGGAAUGCGCCCAAGGAGACUACCCUACGCCACUCUCCAGGCGCGUGGUGUCCCUCACCCUGUAGGAGCGCUUCUCAAGGGCAACAGUUUCGAGCCCAUUCUGAGUGCCCCACAAGACCACAACGAGCCCCUGACCUCGGUGUGUGGAGGCCGGCACUGACUAUCUACGGCAACGGGAUGGGCCAGCAAAGAGGCCAGGGCAUACACAAACGCGCCGAGGACAAGGAGGGCUCUUCGGAAUAGGCUGAUGGCAGUAGCUAGCAUUGGGCAGAUAACCGACACACUGUAAUGGGAUGGAGGCGCCCCUAACCCGGCAUAUCCCACAUGUUGUUGAGGAGCUGCGCUUCAUACCACAUUGAUGGGGAGGUGGUGCGCGGCCCACCCAAGGUGGGAUUUGAGCGGGGAGUGCCGUAGCACGUAUUAGUAACUGGUUUUUGUGCUUGUGCAAACGGGUUGAGGUGAGACCACGCAUUCCGUGUGCGUGUGUGUCGUUAAUGCGAGGGGGGUGUAAGCAUAUUUGACAGGAAUUGAAGAUGUUGCGGGGGUGGGGUUAUUCGGUAAGAGACUGUAGAGACUAGGGACUUACUUGUGCUGUGGACACGUCCCGCGUGCCCCAACUUGGAGCUUAUCACCAGCAGCAUUUCGCUCCGGCACAAGUGGCUGCGCAAUUGGGGGCAAUGCCGUGGCAGCUCUGCUGGCAGGCGCAUGCGCUCUGGCAGCAGGUAGGCGCAUGGCAGGAUAUGGCGGGUGACCGGACCGGGCGGCACGGUUCGUGUCAGUCAGGCUGCCUUAUUAGACUUGCGUGUGUGUGUCAGGGUUGUGGGUUCGAGGUCAGCUAAUUUAGGGCUGUUGCGGAGUGUCAUUAGACCUUGUUGGGGCAAGCGGGGAAUGAAUUUGCCAGCACGUGGGACCAUAGGUAGAGGAGUCGCCUGCUAGCAGUGGAAAGUACGGACGGCGGGUCAAGUAAGCCCGGAUGGGCUUUGCCGGGGGUGCGACCAAGACGACGACCAAGCUAGCACAGGUUGCUUGCUUGUCUGACAGCAAUCAAGUUGUCUUUUCUUAUG